AUGUAUGCGCAUAAAGAUUCAACAGGAAAAGUAACAGACGAAUUUCUGAACGGAGCAGAGAUAUUCAUGUACCAGGCCGGACAGACGCCUCUCACAAAGGAAACGGGUAAAAUGUUCUGUCCAUGUUGUAAAUGCAAAAAUACGAAGUUUGCUGCUAGUGAAACCGUUUGGAAACAUAUAGUAAAUAGAGGAUUUACUCCACAUUACUAUAUUUGGUUUAACCAUGGAGAGGGUGAUAAUAGGAAUGAAGCUAGUGGUAGUAAUCAUGUUGAAAAUGUUCGUAACAGAGAUGAACCACAUUUUCCUUCUGAAAGUGUUAUUCAAGAAAAUCAUAUGUUAGAUCAUGAUAGAAUGCAUGAUAUGGUUACUGAUGCAUUUCGUGAAACAACAUCAGUAAUAGAGGAGGUUGAAAAUGUAGAGGGGCCUAAUUUGGAUGCAAAAAGAUUUUAUGAACUGCUAUCAGCAGCAAAUGAGCCAAUCUAUGAAGGUUGUAGAGAAGAGUAUUUGCCUGAAGAUAACUUGUGUGCUGAAUCUUAUUAUGAGAUUCAAAAACUUGUUCAUAGUCUUGGCUUACCUUCGGAGAUGAUUGAUGUGUGUAUAGACAACUGUAUGAUAUACUGGGGAAAAGAUUCAGAAUUGUUAGAGUGUAAAUUUUGCAAGAAGCCAAGAUAUAAACCGCAAGGACGUGGACGAAAUAGGGUGCCGUACCAGCGGAUGUGGUACUUACCAAUCAAGGAUAGACUCAAGAGAUUAUAUCAAUCUGAAAAGACGGCAGCGUCGAUGAGAUGGCAUGCAGAACAUGAUCAGAAGGAAGGAGAGAUCAAUCAUCUCUCUGAUGCCAAAGCGUGGAAACAUUUGAAUAAUGUCUAUCCUGAUUUUGCAAGCAACCCCCGCAAUGUUUAUCUUGGGCUCUGCACAGAUGGCUUUAGUCCAUUUGGAAUGUCUGGAAGACAAUACUCUCUCUGGCCAGUCUUCUUGACGCCAUACAACCUUCCACCAGAGAUGUGUAUGGAAAAAGAAUUGCUUUUCAUGAGUAUAUUGAUACCUGGACCCAAACAUCCCAAAAGAUCCCUUGAUGUUUUUCUACAACCUUUGAUUGAAGAAUUGAAGGAAUUGUGGUCAACAGGCGUGCAGACAUAUGAUUGUUCAACGAGAACAAACUUUACAAUGCGAGCAGUUCUACUGUGGACUAUUAGUGAUUUUCCUGCAUAUGGGAUGUUGUCGGGCUGGACGACGCAUGGGAGGCUAUCUUGUCCAUAUUGUAUGGGAAGCACAGACGCAUUUCAGUUGAAGCAUGUAAGGGACACCGCUCCACCAUAUUUAUCUGGAGAGGAAAUCGAGAAGGAUAUUGAUUACUAUGGUGGACAAAGCACAGUUGUCAAAGGCGGUAAUUGGCAUAAUCCUCCGAAUAUGCCUAAUGGUUACGGGACUCAACAUAAUUGGCACAAGAAGAGUAUAUUUUGGGAACUUCCAUAUUGGAAAGAUCUGCUGCUGCGCCACAAUCUGGACGUGAUGCAUAUAGAGAAGAACUUCUUUGACAACAUCAUGAAUACGUUGUUGAACGUCCCUGGGAAGACAAAAGAUAACAAGAACUCAAGGUUGGAUUUACCUGCAUUAUGUUCUCGGAUUGAACUGCAUAUUAUGAACGAUGGGAGAAUUCCAGUUCCCAUUUUCAGAUUGUCAGCACAAACAAAAGCUGCGUUGUUCAAGUGGGUGGCGUCAGAUAUGAAGUUUUCUGAUGGAUAUGUUUCAAAUCUAUCAAGAUGUGUUGAUCAUCAGGGACAAAAGUUUUCAGGAAUGAAGAGUCAUGACUGUCAUGUUUUUAUGCAACGACUUCUGCCAUUUGCACUUGCGGAGUUGGUUCCAAAAGAGGUUCACGAAGCACUUGCAGGCAUCAGAGCUUUUUUCAGAGAUCUUAGUGCACGCACCUUAACUGUAGACGUCAUCACACAACUUGAUGCGAAUAUCCAGAUCUUGAUGUGUAAUUUGGAGAAAAUUUUUCCUCCGUCCUUUUUUGACGUCAUGGAACAUCUGGUUAUCCACCUUCCGUAUGAGGCAAUGCUACGUGGACCUGUUCAUAAUGGAUGGAUGUAUCCUUACGAACGAGCUAUAAAAUAUUUGAAAGGCAAAGCAAAAAAUCUGGCAAGGGUGGAAGGUUCAAUAGUUGCUGGGAGUUUGAAUGAGGAAACAUCUCACUUUACGUCCUACUACUUUGCGUCACAAGUCCGGACCAAAAAAAAGAAUACGAGCAGAUAUGAUGAUGGUGGUGUUAUGCCGACAUAUAUUGUUGAAGAUGUUCCAGACAUAUUUACUCAGAUUGGACGGCUUGGUGGAAAACUAAAAGAAGUUUGGUGGUCAAGUUCUGAAGACGCACAUAGUGCCCACACAUAUAUACUUCUUAACUGCGAGGAGAUUGAAUCAUUUGAAAGUGAUUUUUUUGCCCAAGUCGAAGAAGCUAUACCAGGAAUAUCAACUGCUGAUCUCAACAAAAGGAAAGACCAACACUUUGUGAAAUGGUUAAAAACGCAGGUUGAUUAUGAUGAUCAAUUUUAUCCUCAAUGGUUUCACGAAUUGAUACAAGGUCCGGUCGGUAAGGUCACCAUUGCAUCUAUGUAUUUCACAAGAGGAUACACUUUUCACACUUACGAAUAUGGAAGUCGACGAGCAACAAUGAACUAUGGAGUAUGUGUGAAAGGUGAAACAGAUUUCUAUGGAAUCUUAAAAGAGAUCAUCGAAGUGGAGUUCCCCGGUGUAGUGAAGCUGAAAUGCGUGCUCUUCAAAUGUGAUUGGUUUGACCCCACAGUCAAUAGAGGUGUUCAAUAUAGCAAGUUUGGUGUUGUUGAUAUAAAUGCUUCACGGAGGUACAACAAAUUUGAAUCCUACAUAUUGGCUUCUCAAGCAGAUCAGGUUUGUUUUGUUCCAUACCCGAAGAUCAGACAAUCUGGAAUAUCUUGGUUAGCCGCUAUAAAAGUUACACCUCGGGGCAGAGUUGUGAAUGAUGACCCACCGCCAUUACAAGAAGAUGCAGUAAAUGAAGUUGAAGUACCCGAACAAGUAGAAGAUGAUAUCUUACUUAUUGAUCCGCAUAAUCCGGGAUACGAAGAACUUCCAGACGAUGCAACGAAUGAAGCAAAUGAAGAUGAAUUUGAAGAAAAUGAUGAAGCGGAUGAUGUUUCUGAUGACGAGUGUCAAGUUCCAUUAUGUUAG